AUGCCGAUGAAACGGGGUCAUGUAUCAGCUCCUCAAAAUACAUUUAUUGAUACAAUCAUACGAAAAUUCGACUCACAAAAUCGUCGUUUUCUUAUAUCCAAUGCUCAAUUGGCAAAUAAACCAAUAAUCUAUUGUAAUGAUGCAUUUUGCGAAUUGGUUGGCCAUUCCCGCGCAGAUAUAAUUCAAAAAGCUUGUACAUGUGAAUUUUUAUAUGGUGUUGAAACAAAUGAAAAAGCUGCAAAACAAAUUCGGCAUGCCUUACAAGGAAGUGAUGAAAAAGAAGUUGAAAUUAUUUUAUACAAAAGCAAUGGCAUGAGAUUUCGGUGUUCAGUACUCAUCGCUCCGGUGAAAAAUGAAUCAUGCGAUAUUAUAUUAUAUAUCCUUGAAUUCACAGAAAAUAAUGAGCGUAAUCGACAACGACGAAUACCAAAAAUCGGUGAAUACUCAAUUAUUCAUACCGGAAGCUUUCGAAAACGGUCAUGGUUGCAUAUGUUCAAUCCAUUAGCGCGACACAAAUCAAAUCGAUCAAAUGAUGUAAUAACCGGAGGCACAGGUGAUCUGGAAGGCUCGAUGGCAACUGAUACGGCUGGUUAUAUGGGAUUGAAUCAUAAAAAUACCAUCACCAUUCCUUUGGAUGAAACACUUUCAUCACCAGGAAAAAAUCUCGCCAUGGAUUAUAAAUCAGGUCAUAAAUCCUCAACAGACUCAAAUAAUUUAUUAAAACCUGAUAGCGAUCUAUGGACUGCAACUAGUAAUGAUAUUGAUCUAUUGAAAACAAAAUCACAGAGUUUAACUAACAUUGCUGAAACUGUUCUUAAAAGAGAACAAAAAGAAUCGAAAAUUGCUAAACAUUCAUUUCUACCAAAUAUACCAAAUCGUGUUGCACAAAUUUUAUCUUUAGGCGAAGACAUUGCACCUGAUCUUCGUUCACCAGAUAGUCGUCGUAUACCACGAACAAUUAUUCUUCAUUAUUCUCCAAUUAAAGCUGCUUGGGAUUGGCUAAUUUUAUUACUUGUCAUAUAUACAGCUAUAGUAACGCCAUAUACAGCUGCUUUUCUCAUGCAUGAAGAUGGACCAAGUAAACCGCGUACACGUUUAUCGCGAGCACUCAAUGUUGUUGAACUUAUUGUUGAUGUUAUGUUUAUUAUUGAUUUAUUAGUUAAUUUGCGUACAACUUAUGUUAAGCAUAAUGAAGAAUUAGUAACACGUGCAAGUAAAAUAGCGAAACAUUAUUUAAAAGGAUGGUUUCUAAUUGAUGUAACAGCAGCUAUACCGUUUGAUAUUUUAUUUUCAUUAUUACAAACAAAUGGUGGAGGAGAAUCAACAACAUUAAUGGGUCUUUUAAAAACAGCACGUUUAUUGAGAUUAGUACGCAUCGCAAGAAAAUUAGAUCGAUAUUCGGAAUAUGGCGUAGGUGUUUUAAUUUUACUGACGGCUACAUUUGCAUUGAUUGCCCAUUGGCUUGCUUGUAUAUGGUAUGCAAUCGGUCGUCUUGAACGAAAUAAUAAUGGCAAUGAAAGAUUAAUUGGGUGGUUAGCUGAAUUAGCUAAUCACACUCAUCAAUAUUAUAAUGAUUCCGAUCCAACGUCUGGUCCAACGAAAACAUCGAAAUAUAUAACAGCACUUUAUUUCACUUUUUCUUCUCUUACAUCAGUCGGUUUUGGCAACGUGAGUCCAAAUACGAAUAGUGAAAAGAGUUUUUCAAUAAUAAUCAUGCUCGUAGGAUGUGAGUUCUUCAUGUUUCAAUGUUCUGUUUUGCUUUCGUUGGGAUUACGUAUAACAUGGCUUGAUGAAUUAGCACGUAUAUCUGGUCAACCAUAUAAUUGUUCAACAAUAUUAAAUUAUAAUAAAACAAACUUGAAUAUAAAUGUGUGUCACGGUGGACCUAAUCUUCGUUCAAAAUAUAUAACAGCACUUUAUUUUACAUUUUCAUCUCUAACAUCAGUCGGCUUUGGCAAUGUUAGCCCUAAUACCGAUUCGGAGAAGAUUUUUUCCAUCUGUAUCAUGUUAAUAGGAUCUUUAAUGUAUGCCAGUAUUUUCGGUAACGUCAGUGCUAUCAUUCAGAGACUUUAUUCGGGUACAGCGCGUUAUCAAAUACAGAUGUUGCGAGUAAAAGAAUUUAUUCGUUUUCAUCAAAUUCCUAACCCACUUCGGCAACGAUUAGAAGAUUAUUUUAAUCAUGCUUGGAAUUAUACAAAUGGUAUUGACAUGAAUAUGGUGCUUAAAGGUUUUCCUGAAUGUUUACAAGCUGAUAUAUGUCUCCAUUUAAAUAGUCAAUUACUUAAAAAUUGUCCUGCAUUUAAAGAUGCUAGUGACGGUUGCUUAAGAACGUUUUCGAUGAAAUUUAAAACAACACACGCACCACCAGGUGACAUAAUAACACAUCGUGGAGAUAUAUUAACAUCAUUAUAUUUUAUUUCACGCGGUUCAAUUGAAAUAUUAAAAGACGAUAAUGUUGUUGCUAUUCUUAGUAAAGACGAUAUUCUCGGAGAAAAUCCCGUAUUAUAUAGUGAACCGGGAAAAUCUGCAUGCAAUGUUCGAGCAUUGACAUAUUGCGAUUUGCAUAAAAUUCUACGAGAUGAUUUACUUGAAGUUAUUGACAUGUAUCCUGAAUUUGCACAAAGUUUUUGUCAAAAUUUAAAAAUUACAUUAACAUUACGAGACGAGGAUCUUGUUGCAAAAUCGCAUGAAUGCCGGUCGAAAUAUUUACCAAAUCAACAACAGUAUCGAGGAAGUACAUCGUUUAAUCGAACAGAUGAUGAGAAUUUGUCAAUAAUGGGUCCACAGUUUGAUGAUUAUCCUAGUGGAGCUGGUAAGUUUAUGUAG